AUGAACAUAGACGCUUUUGUAACCAGCGUUGAAGAUGUGUCAAAUACUGAACUACUAUGUCCAGAGAAAGGUGCAGUUGUCGAAAACCACAGCUUUAAAGGGGAUGUUGAACUGUUCAGUUGUCUAUCCAUUGAUGAUGUCCCUACCCAGGCAGCAAAAACAGAACAGAAUACCAUAGAAGAUGUGUCAUAUACUGAACUACCGUGUCUGGAAAAAGGUGGAGUUGCCGAAAACCACAACUUUAAAGGGGAUGUUAAACUGUUCAGUUGUCCAUCCAUUGACGAUGUUCCUACCGAGACAGCAAAAACAGAACGGAAUACCGUACAAGAUGUGUCAAACACUGAACUACCGUGUCGAGAAAAAGGUGGAAAAAUACAAUCGCUUCUAACGCGUACCCCUGAAUCCCGAAUGGUUGUACAAUCAAAAGUUAGGUUCUGA